UAAAAAGGUAACCUCUAAUCUUUUUUAUUGUGAUAUUUUUCAGAAAGAACUACACAGAUUAUAAAACCUAACAAAACGAUGAGUCUAGUAGGUAAUGUAGCACCUAAAUUUCGUGAUACUUUUCAUAUAUCAUCAAAAGAUAUAUUAAGGUGGUUCCCUGGCCAUAUGGGUAGAGGUUUAAAACAAAUGCAACAACAGUUGAAGAACAUAGAUUGUAUAAUUGAAGUUCAUGAUGCAAGAGUUCCAAUUUCUGGACAUUAUGCAGAUUUUAACAGGACACUGACUGGAUUAAAACCUCAUAUUUUUCUAUUAAACAAAGUAGAUUUAACUGAUAAGAAAUUUAAGAAUUCUAUAAUAGAAAAUUUAAAGGAAAAGGGAUUAUCUAAUAUCUUAUUUACUUCCUUUAAAAAUCCAACAUGUCAAGGUGUUAAUGAAUUGUUACCUUUGGCACAAAAAUUAAUGAAACAAUCAAAUCGUUAUAACAGAUCACAGGAGUCUUCAUUUCAAAUGAUGAUUAUUGGUGUUCCAAAUGUAGGAAAAUCUUCACUUAUUAACCGUUUAAGAAAUAAUAAUCUUCGUAAGAGUAAUGCAGUGCAAGUUGGUGGUGUUGCUGGUAUUACUCGAUCUGUAUCAACACGAGUAAAAAUAUCAGAAUGUCCAGAUAUCUAUAUUUUAGAUACACCUGGAAUUUUAGCUCCUAAAAUAAAUGAUGUGAAUACUGGUCUAAAAUUAGCAUUAGCUGGUUGCAUGCAAGAUCAUUUAGUAGGACCAGAAAUACUUGCAGAUUAUUUAUUAUUUUGGUUAAAUAAACAGAAACAAUUUGAAUAUGUAAAAAAAUUAGAAUUAUCAGAACCACAUGAUAAUAUAUCUCACAUUCUUGUAUACAUUGCAGCAAAACUAAAAAAAACUCUAAGAGUAAAGAAUUAUGAUGGUAAAUGUAUCAUUAAACCAGAUUUAAGGUUUGCUGCAGAGCAUUUUAUAUCAAUGUUCAGAAAAGGGGAGUUAGGUUACUAUUGUUUAGAUGAAGAUUUAUUAAAUUUACCAGUAGAAUAA